AUGAGUUCCACGAGAAGAAAUUAAAAAAGAGACUUUAAAGCAAAGAAGGAUCCUUUGCAACCUACCACCUCAACAUCUAAGAACAUCAAUACUAGGCUAGAAUUUGAUGAAAUUCACGAAUAGAUACAUGAGUAAGAGAAGCUGUAUAUGAAUUAGGAUUAAGGCUCUCCAGUCAGAAAAGGUUAAAUAUCGAACUCUAAGGAAAUUUAAUCUGCGAAGAAAUCCAGUGCAAACAAGGACUUAGAAUCAGCUAAUGAAGUUUCUCACACCGAAGAUCAUGUUUUGAUGGACUUUGAUGAUGAGAGCAACUCUACUAUCUACCAUGACAAAAAAUAUGAUAGUAUUGUGGCCUGGUCUCCAGACGGAGAGUCCUUUGUUGUAAAAAAGCAAAAUGAGUUCUCUGAGACAAUUCUCCCUAGAUUUUUCAAACAUAACAAUUUCUCUUCCUUCAUUAGACAGUUGAAUAUGUAUGACUUCCACAAAACUAAGAGAUCUAACAAUGAACAUUGCUUCAAGCACCCAUUUUUCCAAAAAGGCAAAAAGUAUACCGAUUUGCCUAUAAUUUUUUAUUUAUAGGCAUCUUCUAAUACCAACAAUCAAUAACUAGUCAACUCAGUAGUCCCAGGGAGAAAGCCUCACAGCAUCCCACCACAUUCAUUCCCAUUCCCUCAGCAAAUAUAAAAAAGAGGUAACUAGCCUCUAAAUAAAAGAGAAGCAGAGAAUAUUGAGGAGUUCAAUCAGAUUACUACUAGAGAUAAGAGAUCUAUUGACGAAUUGAACUAAGAGUCUUAAAAUCUCAUUAACCUUUUGGUUUAAAUGCAAAAAAGAUUUGAUGAAAUCGAUUCAAGAUUGAAGACUCUUGAAAAAGAAAAUAGAGACACCUAGAUCAGCAACUGCCAACUUUAAAAUGAUUUGACUAAAUCAAGAGAGAGGGAAAACAUCCUUGAGAGAUUCAUGCUGCAAACCUUGAAUUUCUUUACUCAAUAGAACCCAUCUCAGCUCAUGAAUCCUCAAUCCCAAUUUAAUAAUAAUUCACAUAUAAUAUAACAAUAACUUUAACCACCCUAGCUUCAUUAGCAGUAACAACCAUCACCAUAAUAGUAACAUCAAAAUUACUUCAAUCAAGGAAACUAAAAUAUUACACUUACACCUUAGCCUUAAAGCAAUGUCAACAAAUUAAACUUCAUAUAGCAAGCAUUUAACUAGACUAAUGCCAAUCUGUAGUAAAGCUUGAGUAACAAUUAAAAUAAUGAUUUGCAACUAAGCAAUAAUCAAGUAAGCAUGAAUAAUGGAAUGCACUUAAAUUAGAAUGAAGGUUAGCAGAAUCACAAUAACCAUUUAAACAGAUAGACAAGCAAAUAAUAGCAAAUGAGUGAAUCUUAAAAGUAACUAACUGAUUCAGGUCCUUAAUAAAGCAACUAAAAUUCAUCAAACAUGCAACUACAAGAUGACAACAUGAAGAUAAUCCCUUUCACCAAUAUAAACCAAAGUAUCCUUCCUUUUAUAUAAAGGUAAAGCUAGAACAACAAUAAGGAAGAUGAAGCGAGUUCAGUUGCAAGUAAUGAUACUAAUGGAGAUAAAUUUGAUUCAAACCAAUUCAACAGCUACAAUAACUCCUCGAUCUCUAAUAAUUUAAGAUUUGCUGAAGCAUCAAUCGGCCCUAGUCUCAAUCAAAUUAGCGCUUAAAAACCCCCUAAGAGUCAAUUCUAAAGAGUUUAGGAGUAGAAAAUCAAUGCAAAUACUUUGAAUUAAGCUUUGAGAAGUGAUGCUAUGCAGAAAUAGAUGAGAAUCAACAUUAGAAUGAAUAAUACUGAGUAUAAUUCUUACAAGGUACUUUAGCAUUUAGAUGAAGUCUUUAAUUAGAAGGAAAAGCAGCAAUCAACUGUCAAUACCUCAAAUGAUUAGGAGUAGGCCAGAAUUCAGAUGAAUUAAAACAUCAGCAAUAGCAAUGAGUCAGAAGCGGUUCAAAUAGAUACUGCUCUGAGGAACUUAGAGAGAAGAUCAGUUGCUGUAGCUUCUGGAGAUUGUCAUGCUGAUGGUAUAAGAUCAGAUUGCCAUGUUACUGAUUCAAAUAUGACUGCAAUAUAGUCAUCUGUAAGCACCAAUAUCCCAGGAAUUGCCCCCUCAGAUUUAUCACUUUCUUAAAAGAGAUCUUAUCUUGAGAGUUUUAAAGAGCAUUAAAGUGUGGGGAAUCUGGACAACUUUACAGAGGAUGGAAAAUCUGAAGCACCGAUGAGAAACAACUUUGAAGGCUCCAAAAGAUAAAGAAUUCACCAAGAGAAUUAAGUUUGA